CAUAUAUAAAGUGUCUUCCAUCCUGUCCUAUCCCUCUGCCGCUUCUGUCAGCUUCAGGGUCCCCUAGUGACCCCCCGUCCAUGCUAGAAGACUAAAAGUCAUCCCCUCCAGCAGCAACUUGGCUCCGUACCAAAGCAAGGUGCAGAGAGCAAACGGCACACCAGAAGGAAAUAUUUUGAAACCCCCAAAAAGCGCGGGACACAAACAGAAAUCGUCGCUGGAAGCCCAUUACGGGGCAGGGGAUGAUAUUCCCAGACCUCAGGCCCGAGCACUCGCCUCUCACCCCCAAGUCCUUUUCCGUCCUUCUGUUACUGUUGUGUAACAAGGUGCAAACGAUUGUCGACAACACUAGGCUGAGAAGAACAAAACACGAAAACAGCCACCGAUACCAUCCGAUGCCUCCUCCAGCUUUGCCGAGCAGCCGUCGGUCGUCAAAAAAUCAAACACCUCAUCUAGAUCGUCGCUUUGGCUCCGGCCAAGGAUAGGCAAGGAUGCUGCCCCAAAG